UUCGCGAUAAUAAAACAAGUCAUUUGUUAGCAAGUGUCAAAUUUGCCAAGUGAUUACACUCUCCACUAGAUAUAUAUAUUUCUUAAUAUAUAUAUAAAUAUCCACCCAGCCAACUCACCCACCCGCAUUUCUUUUUUGUAAAGUGCGCAAUACAUUUGCGAUUAAACCCAAUAAAAACCUUAAUUCAAACUAAAAGAAAACAACAGUUUUUAAGAUGGCUUCCCCAGCACCAGCACUCAAGGAUUUGCCAAAGGUGGCCGAGAACCUGAAGAGCCAACUGGAGGGCUUUAAUACGGAGCAACUGAAGAAUGCCAGCACCCAGGAGAAGAUCAUUUUGCCCACCGCCGAGGAUGUGGCUGCUGAGAAGACCCAAAAGUCCAUUAUCGAGGGUAUCACCGCAUUCGAUCAGACCAAUUUGAAGCAUACGGAGACGAAUGAGAAGAAUCCAUUGCCCGAUAAAGAAGCAAUUGAGCAGGAGAAGGAGAAGAAUGAGUUUAUUGCCGGCAUCGAGAAUUUUGAUGCGAAAAAAUUGAAGCACACCGAGACCAACGAGAAGAACGUGCUGCCAACCAAGGAGGUCAUUGAGGCCGAGAAGCAGGCCUAAGCACCGUCUUCUUCUUCUGCUGAGGAGAGAAAAGAUGAAGAAGAAGAGCAGCAGCAGCUGAAUCAGCAGCAAUCGCAUCAAUUUGCUAACUAUCUCUAUCUCACUCACUCACUCUCAACUCCACUUCAUUCUCGUCUCUCUUUUUUUAGUCCCGGCUUCAUUUUUGUUUUUUUUUUUUUUUGCUUUUUAUUUAAUUUAAUUAUUUUUUGUUUGUUGAUUUUGAUUCACACUUAAAACAGAAAGAAGAACAACACACACACACACACAAAUACAAACAGGAGAGAUUGCAGCCAGAUAUUUAAACAAAAACAACAACAAUUGCAACAGCAACAUAAAUAUAUGUUUGCGUCAUUCUAGUUGUUGUUGUUGUUGUUCUCUCGUAUUGCAAUAUUAAAGAAAAGAAAAACAAAUAAAAGCUCAUUCCUACUGUAAACAAAAAACACUCACACAUAUAUGCAAACAUAUAUAAAUAUAUAUUAAAUAAAUUCCCUUUAAUCGUAAAUUGUGCAACACAAAACAAAACACAACUUUUUAAACCUUCUAAUGUACUUUUUAAAAGACACACAUGAGAAACAAAAUGAAGACAAAAAUGAUUUAAAUCAACUAUUGAGAUAAAUGCAAAACACACUCACACACACACACACACAGAACACAACACAAAAAAGAGAAAUGAAGAAAAACAAAAAAGAGAAUAAACUACAAAAAAGAG